AAGAAGUCUGUGCACUGCCACUUGCACUCCAGUGAAUGCACCCAGCGCUCAGACAAUGCUGUGACGAUCAGAGCUCGGCUAGGGAGGAAUUACAGGCAAUUCACAGGACCGUUACUUCUGCUGCAGUGUCACUUGGGGACAGGGGUUUUGUCUUCAUUAUUGAAAAUGCCACGAUCCUUCCUGGUCAAAAAACACUUCAACUUCUCUAAAAAGCCAAAUUAUGGGGAAUUAGAUAAUCCUACAGUGAUUAUUUCUCCUUUCCCUUAUGAAAGAUACCCAGUGUCUGUAAUUUCACAUCCAGAAAUACUCACCUCAGUUGCCUACAGCCCGAUUAGAGUUUGGACUGGGCUUCUGUCUUCACCUUUACCCAGUGAUUUGUCACCUCUGUCACUCUACCAGCCAUCAUUAGGAAGAGAAAGUCCCCCUCCACAAUCAGAAACCUCAUCCAAAGACCACAGCGGCUCAGAAAGUCCAAUCAGUGAUGAAGAAGAGAGAAUCCAGUCUAAACUUUCUGACCCACAUGCAAUAGAAGCUGAAAAGUUCCAGUGUAAUUUAUGCAAUAAGACCUAUUCUACUUUUUCUGGGCUGGCAAAACACAAGCAACUGCACUGCGAUGCCCAAUCUAGGAAAUCUUUUAGCUGCAAAUACUGUGAAAAGGAAUAUGUCAGCCUGGGAGCACUGAAAAUGCACAUUAGGACGCAUACUUUACCUUGUGUCUGCAAAAUCUGUGGGAAGGCUUUUUCCAGACCCUGGCUGUUGCAAGGACACAUCAGAACACACACUGGAGAAAAGCCUUUUUCAUGCCCACAUUGCAACAGAGCAUUUGCAGACAGGUCUAAUUUAAGGGCUCACCUGCAAACCCAUUCUGAUGUGAAAAAAUACCAGUGCAAAAACUGUUCGAAAACCUUCUCCAGAAUGUCUCUCCUUCAUAAGCAUGAGGAAUCUGGGUGCUGUGUAACACACUGAGAGUCAACAGUGAACAGAUUUUUCCAGGAGUCAAUCAAAUGUACUUUGGGUUCUUCUUCCAAUACACAACUCAAAAAGGAUUUGUAACUUCUUAAAAGAAAGAAGAUGUGCAGAAUCAAUGUUUAAGUUAACUGAAUAAUGUGAAUGUUACAUUUUCACCAAAUAUUUCUAAAAAAAAUAUGGACAUCAGAAAGAAGACAUUUUAUUAAAAAAAUAAAAAUACAUAAAGAAGCAGAGAACAUUACAAGAAAAAUUGUAAACAAAAAACAAAACAAAAAAUAACUCAGGUGUCAUCAUAGCAGAUACGUCAAUUCAAUAUGUUGAAUAUCUUAUGCAAUAUUAGACAUUCCAUAUGCCUUAAAAAAUGUAGUUAGAUUUUUUUAAUUUGUUUUCUCUGGGAACAUGUGCAAGUAAGGCUUUUCAGGGAGAACUAUCUGUAAAUAUUUACAAAAUGCACAAAGAAAAUGUAACACAUUUUCAACCUUCUCCUUAUACUUUAAUGUGCCUUUUUAAAAUAAUUUUGUAAGUAAUGUAAAUAUAUUGUAUAUAUUUAUAUUUUUAUAUGUUUAAAUGUAUGGUGUGAAUGAGGCCACAGUUAGUGGUUUUCUGGUAAGCUUGAAAAAAGAGUGAAUGUUUUUUUAAGACAUUUUUUUAAUAAACAUUUAAAAAAUCUA